GUUUACGUGCGAUGAUUUUUGAAUCUCGGAUUGAAACAAGUUUUAUUCGUUGCAUCCGCAGCUGACGACGUAAGCUCCAACGGAGGCGGUCAGACAGUCGCCGCUGUUCGUCCGUCGCGUGUGGUCGACUGAAUCUCAGCGCGUUCUCAGCUUAAGCACAUCCAAUAUACAUAUAAAUAUAUAUAUAUAUAUAUAUAUUGAUACUGCCUGGUCGCGUAUAUACAAAUAUACAUAUUUAUAUAUGCAUGUAAAUAUUGGUAGGCGUUCUUUGUGGCCCGAGUGCUGAUAGCGCGACUAAUUGACUUUCAUUAAAACAAAGUGCUUUUAAAAUAUUUUAAAUACACAUCCUACACAACAAUGCAGCCGCUGAUAUCAAUGUUUAUUUGGUCGUUUCUCCCGAUCCUAUCAAUAUCUACUUGUCAGGCUGUCGAACCACUCAACGAUGGCAAAUUGCGCGUCUGUGUGGUCGAAUCUCGGGGUAUCUAUCGUAAGGCGCCCCAGUUCUGUCCACUGCUGACGGCCACGAGUAACAUUGAGUGCGUUAUUGGUGUGGAUCGCUUGGACUGUGUGCGUCGCAUACACAAGGGAACUGCACAUUUUGGUGUGCUCACCUCCGAGGAUUUGGUGGCAGCUCGCUGGGCCAGUGUGGAGAUUUUGGUUGCCAGCGAACUGCGUUCACAUGAGUCGCCAUUUGAGUACGAAAUUGUUGCCGUAGUGGAUAACAGUGCCGGUAUACACACAGUCCAUGAUCUGCAUGGCGCUAAGCUGUGCCAUCCUGGUUAUGGUUUGGAUAACCACUGGACCGAGGUGUUGGCUAAUUAUUUCGAGUCAGCCUUGGUGGCCAAGUCCUGCAAUCCUGAGCUUACUUUAACUGAAGAUCGCAUUGCUGCAUCCGCUAGAUUUUUUGGACCCAGCUGCAAGGCGGGUCCCUGGGUGCCAGAUCGUAAACAAGAUCGCAUUCUAAAGGAUCGAUAUCCAUCACUAUGUCAAAUGUGCUAUGAUCCCUAUAGCUGCGAUGAUACGGACAAGCAUUGGGGUCGGCGUGGCACCCUUUACUGUCUGACCAGUGGCGGCGGAAGCGUCUCCUGGGCACGCCUGGACGACACACGCAGUCACUUUGGCCUGGCGGGUCUGGAGGCACAGGAUGAUCCUGAGAAGUACAGCUAUCUUUGUCCGGACGGACAUUUGCAGCCCAUAAAUGUAACCCGCCCCUGCAUCUGGGUGUCCAAGCCGUGGCCUGUUGUUGCCGCACGGCGCUCACAUGCCGCUCAGGUGCAGCGCCUUGUCACAGGACUCACACACGAUGAGCCACAGAGUUGGCAGAACGCGUUGCUCAGCCUGCUUGAGACAUAUCAUGUAUUUACGGUGCCUCUGGACAAUGUCAUCUCCAUAGAUGAUUAUCUCGAUCAGGCUGUUGGCUUUCAGUCGGCCUAUAGUUUCCCAGAGUGCAAUCCACCACGUUCCAUUGUCGUCUGCACAACGUCCAUAAUCGAGCAUAUUAAGUGCUCCUGGUUGCAGGAGGCAGCCCAGGUGUAUGGCGUCGAGCCGAAUAUUCAGUGUGUACGCACAACGAACUUGGAGCAGUGUAUGGAUGAUACCCGCUACAAGAGCGCCGACGUACUGCUUGUUAAUCAUGAGCAGCGUGUACAGGCACAAAGAGAAUACAAAUUGACGCCCUUGCUCUUUGAGUUUGCGGAGCAAAUGCACGAUCGUUACGUAACCAUUGCGCUGGUGCACAAGGAUUCCAAAUAUAAAAGCUUUAAGGAUUUGAGAGGCGCUCGCGCAUGCCUACCAAGCUAUGAGGGCGCUGCCCAUCUUUCCGUCCUGGAAACUAUCGUGAAUGCCACUGGCAGCGUGCACUCGCUGCACUCAUACUUCAAUCACAACUCCUGCAUCUGGCAUCCGCAUCGGGGCCGUCAGUGCCCAUUGCAUUAUCAAGGCGAUGAGGGUGCAUUCCGUUGCUUGGCCGAGGGUGCCGAUGUGGCGUUCCUCAGCUCCGAUGUCUACAAGAAAUAUGUAAGCGGCAAUUUAACAUCCGACUGGCUGGCGCCUGGUAAGCAACAGUCUUACCGUCUGCUCUGUCCCUACGGCGGAAUUGAACGGCAUUCAAGGUUUGAGUACUGCUAUCUGCACUGGACACCGCGCGGGCAUUUGAUGACGCACAAUUCGUCGCAAACUCGGCACAAUGAGAUCUACAACUCGCUGCGAGACAUGGAUCAUCUAUUUGGCAAAAAAUAUAAAAGCGAGACGCGCCCCUUUUCGCUUUACGGCAUCUUCGAUAAGCGAAACGACGUUCUGUUCAAAGACAGCACAGAUGCACUAUUAAGCGCCCAUGAACUGCAGCGGGAUAAUGCAAAGCGUUCCAUGGAGCAUGUCUAUGAGCGCUACACGGCGCAGUAUUACGAUGCCGAAGGCGACGACAGCGGAGCGCAUUUAGCCAGCGACAGUUGCUUUGUUUUGGUGUUGAUUGCUGGCGUUUUGUGUCUGCUGCAACGCUUAUCAUUUUAG